AGAAUGUUCUGUACCUUAUGAGCGUUCAGCCAAUCAGGGCUCCUCUGUCUCCCUUCCUCGCAUGGUUGAAGAAUGAGGUGUGGCUGAGUUUUGAAGACAAACUCGUCCUUCCACUCAAAACACACCAACUGACUUUCUGAACUCUGUGCUGAUACUGCAGAGAGACAGAGAGAGUAGUUCUGAUUUAAUCUAUGUGGUCAUCAGCAGGAGUAUUAGUUGUUACUUUAGUCUGCAAUUGGAGUAGGACAUUUGACAUCUCAGGAUUACUACAGCAGUCUUUCAGAGUGGUUUAGCACCACUGCUAGUCCUUCAGCUUGCUAACUGUCAGGAUUACUACAGCAGUCUUUCAGAGUGGUUUAGCACCACUGCUAGUCAUUCAGCUAGUGGUUUAGCACUGUUGCUGGUCAUUCAGAAGGCGGUUGGAGCAGCAUGGCUAAAUCCGCUCCCAUGAGGGUGUCCAAGUCGUUCUCGGAGGAUGACCUAUGCUGCCCGGUGUGCUGUGAGGUGUUCCAGGAGCCGGUCCUUCUAGCCUGCAGCCACAGCGUCUGCAAGAGCUGCCUGGAGACGUUCUGGGAGACCAAGGCGGAACCGGAGUGCCCCAUGUGUCGGACCCGCUGUUCCAAGAAGAGGUACCCGAUCAACCUGGCGCUCAGGAACCUGUGCGAGACGUUCCUGGAGGAGAAGAACAGAGACUCUGCGCUGGGGUCGGGUUCUGAGGUGCUGUGCAGUCUGCACGGCGAGAAAUUCAAGCUCUUCUGUCUGGACGAUAAGCAGCCUGUGUGUGUGGUGUGUCGAGACUCGAGCAAACACACACAUCACAUCGUCAUCCCCAUCGAUGAGGCAGCACAGCAGCUUAAGGAUGCAGUCAGACUCAAACUGGAGCCCGUAAGGAAGAAGCUGCAGACCUGGGAGGAUGCUAAACUGACCCUGGACCAAACCGCUCAGCACAUUCAAGUACAGUUGGAAAAUACAGAGCAGCAGAUCAAGGAGGAGUUUGAGAAGCUUCACCAGUUUCUAUAUGAUGAAGAGGCAGCCAGGAUAGCUGCACUGAGGGAGGAAGAGGAGCAGAAGAGUCAGACGAUGAAGGAGAAGAUUGACAAGAUGAGCACUGAGAUCUUAUCCAUUACGUAUAAAAUCACCACCAUAGAGGAGGAGCUGAAGACUAACGAUGUUCUCUUCCUGCAGAACUACAAGAGCACAUUGGAAAGAGCCCAGUGCACACUGCAGCAACCAGAAAAAGCUUCAGGAGCUCUGAUCAAUGUGGCAAAGCACCUGGGCAACCUGAAGUUCAGAGUCUGGGAGAAGAUGCAGGGAAUUGUUCAAUACACUCCUGUGACUCUGGAUCCCAACACUGCUCACCCAAACCUCAUCCUGUCUGAGGAUCUGACCAGUGCUCGGGUCAGCCAGGAGAGACGGCAGCUUCCCGACACCCCGGACAGAGUGAAUGUGGACCCCAGCGUCCUGGGCUCCGAGGGCUACAGCUCCGGUACCCACUGCUGGGAGGUCCAGGUGCCCCAGAAUGGGGACUGGCUCCUGGGGCUGCUGAGCGCAUCUGCCCAGAGGAAGGGAGACGUCCAUGCCCGGCCUGGGGUCUGGUACAUGGGGCACAUGGGGGACACCUACACCGCGGGCUCCACACCACAGCCCUCCACUCUCCUCGCCGUGACCCAUGACCCCAAGAAGGUCAGAGUGCAGCUGGACUGGGACAGAGGGAAAGUCACCUUCUCUGACCCUGAUAGCAACGUCACUCUACACACCCUCAGACACGUUUUCACUGAGCGAGUGUUUCCGUACUUCAACACUGGACUCGUUCCGUUAAAGAUCUUACCAGUGAAGACGUCUUUGGUAACAGAACAGCAGCACAAACUGAAAGAGAGACGUACCCACAAACUGAGAGAAAGGCAUUUCUCUCUAACACACGAAACUCAUUAAUGUGUAGUUAAACAUAAAUCUUGACAAGAUUUAUCUGACAAUCUAAAUAAGUUUGGCCUUACUCAGCGCUCCAGAAACGAUGGCAUGACAUUUGACAAAGGUUUGUGCUCCAAACUCUACAGACAACAAACACUUGUAAGGUGUUUCAGUGUUUUGGUUGGGGGAAAUCAUUUGGAAAAUGUAUAUCUGUAUUUAAAAUUGACUUAAUGUUGAGACAGCUUCUGUCUUCCAUAACCAUAUAUAUACAACCACCAGGGGGCAGGUUGGUACAAAGUGUAGUUGAGGCAGUUUCUCAAAGUCAGCUCAAAUAAAACACUUCCUUAUGAUCACGAUCACAAUUACAGCAACUUGUAGAUAUGUUAAAUGAAAUGACUACAUACAAAUGGAAUAAGGGUUUACUCUGGUAUGUUUAGCUCGAUGUAUUGAGUGUUUGGGAAGAGGUCCAACUUCCUCCCUGAGCUCUAAUGGUUUCCGUUCUGACUGGAGACGUGUCAGGAGAUUAUCUUUAACAAUAGCCGCCUAGGUCAGCAAUGAGGACACCUACACAGUGACUUGACCUCUUACCCUCCAUUACCAGAUGUCAGUACAAUCCCGAUAAAUUAUAUUGAUUCAUUGAUUGGAGAUUGAUCAGAGAGACUAGUGAUCAAGUUCUGUUUCAGCCUCUGAUCAUCUUCACGGAAUUGCAUGUUUGUCUUGUAAAUAAUGCUGUGAUGUUGGACAUGUGUUUUAAGAAGUUAGUAAGUAUUUUAAGUUAGUAAGUAUUUUAUGUAUUUGUUAAACUAUAUAUGUCCUCCCAGGUUUAUUGACAUCAUGAUAAAGUAACAUCAAAUAAAUAA